UCACAUGGCGUUUGCUAAUCCCUUGUUCGUUUCUUUACCGUUUAAAGAUGGAGUGAUAAUUAGGGUUUAUAUAUCUUUAUCUUUUCGAAUUCUUAACCUGAAUUUGAUUUGUAUCACCUGUUUCUGUUUCCAGGUUAAGAUUUUCUUGCUUAAAUGGCUCAUAAUAAUGCUGGUGGUGUUGAUAACACAUUUAGAAGAAAAUUUGAUAAAGAAGAGUAUUUAGAACGAGCUCGUGAGCGUGAAAAGGAGGAGGAUGAGGGGCGAUUUAAAUCAAAAUCAAAAGGUCCUCCUGUGCAGAGGAAGCCCUUGAAGCAUAGAGAUUAUCAAGUAGACCUCGAUUCUCGAUUAGGGAAAACUCAGGUUGUUACUCCUAUAGCACCUCUGAGCCAGCAGGCUGGAUACUAUUGUUCAGUAUGUGAAUGUGUAGUAAAGGAUUCUGCAAAUUACUUGGACCACAUCAAUGGAAAGAAACAUCAAAGAGCUCUUGGCAUGUCUAUGCGGGUAGAGCGGGCAUCUCUUCAGCAGGUCCAAGAGAGAUUUGAAAUACUCAAGAAACGGAAAGAUCCUGGUAACUUUACAGAACAAGAUCUCGAUGAAAGGAUUUUAAAACAACAGCAAGAAGAGGAAGAAAGAAAGCGGCAGCGCCGAGAAAGGAAGAAAGAAAAAAAGAAAGAGAAGGCAGCGGAAGAAGAGGAGGAGGUCGAGAUUGAUCCCGACGUUGCUGCCAUGAUGGGGUUUGGUGGUUUCGGGUCUUCCAAAAAGUGAAAAUAGUAUUUUAGGUCUGCAUUCCUACUAGCACUGAUCUUUGCUUUGUAAAGACUGGUUCUUUUCUCUCAUGAGAUGAUCCUCAAGGGCUACAAGUUGAAAUUGGUAGUUGCCCUUCGGAAUGUGUAAAAUUUUCUGUUGAAAUGUUAAAAUUCAUAGUGGAAAAUGAAAUUUGUCUACAAUAUUAUUACCAA